CGUUUUAGCGAAAUAAAUUUCCCUUUGGGGACUUUAUCCGAAAAUUUCCUUUCCGUACUCGAAGAAUUCCCCGAAUUCUUCCCUAAUUCCCUAAUCGUUUCUUAGAAACGGGUGAAUAUUCUGAGAAGCUGGCGAGAACGUGUGGCGCCAUCUAUCUUCGCUUUUAGUACGAGUCGGAUGUUCAGGGAUGCUGUAAUUAACGUCUGCGAUAUUUCUAGUUUAGUUAUAGUUUUCGAUCGUUCCGCUUCACGUACAAAAAUACGGCGCAAGAUUUUCAUCGUCGAACAUUUAAGAAGAUCUUCAUGAACAUCGAUUAUUGAACACAUCCGAUUUUAUUAUGGGAAAAGUUAAAAGGUGUUAUUCUGUAUAGAAUGGGGUGCAUGUUUACAAAAGGAGAAUUGGAAAAUUCCAAUCCAAGAGUAUUUCAUGUGUGGAAUGUAAAUGAUCUUGGAAGGCAUAUAAAUCCUGGUAAAAUAGAAGUGACUGAGGUUGAUCUGAUUCUUCGACAGAAAGGGAAAACUCCAAUUCAUUGGCCUUUAAGAAGUCUUAGGAGAUAUGGCUUUGAUGCAGAACUGUUCUCUUUUGAAAGUGGACGAAGAUGUCCAACUGGACCAGGAAUUUAUGCUUUUAAAUGUCGUCGGGCAGAAGCUUUAUUCAAUGUGCUUCAAGAAUGCAUACAAAAUUCUGGUGGGGGAAAUGGAGGGAGUUUUACUGUUUCUUCUUCUAAUACAGAAGAUAUUCAUAACAACUUGACAAAUUCUGUGAAUGUUGCUUCUAAUAGUGGUAUUAACGGCAACGUUGCUAAUCAGACACCAUCAGUUGAUAUGGAUGGUUAUUUGGAACCUAUAACUAGUAACAACAGUUCUGUAAUGGUUUCCCAUUCACAAACUGGAAGUAAUUCAAUGAAUGGGUUUGUCAGUUUUCCAUCUGGAACUGCUGUGGAAUCUACUACAACUGUUCAAGCCGACUGCCGGAUUUGCAAUCAAAAUGCAAAUUCUCAUUAUGCAAAUGAAACUGUUUUUGCAAAUACAACUUCUAAAGAUCCUCAGUCUAAUGUUAAUUUAAGUCAUCAGUAUGUAAACUCAUCUGUCAUCACUGAAAAUGCACAGAAAAAAUGCAACCACAAUAAUUCUUUACAAAGAAGUAAUGUAAAUACUUCACUGUGCAUGUCAUCAUCAGAUAACGUUUUCCCUUCUGCGAGAAUAUGUCCUUCAGAUAAUUGUUGUCUACAUUGUAUGAGUUGUGUCGAUUUAAACACAAACUAUGCAAAAUUAGAUGACUUACUCAAACAAGAACAGUCAGUCAAACAGCAUUUCUAUGUCAAUGUGAAACCUGAAAAAUCAAGCACUAUGACAGUAAAUAAAAAUAUUGCAACUCCAAGUUGUCAGGUUAUAGAUAAUGCAACAGUUACAUUACCUAGCAAUCAAUUGAAGAGUCCUGUUGUUCACUUUUAUGCUAAUUUAAAUGCAUCAGUUCCCAAUACAAGUUCAGAUUUAACAGAUGCAAUGGGUGAUUUACAACAAGUAAAUUACAUUGUGCUUGAUUUGGAUCAUUCGACAGAUGGUAAAGAACAAGUUGUGUCUCCAAUUUCUUCCACAAGCAUGACAUUUCCUCCUUGCUCUCCCCAUCAAACACCUGAAGGUUAUGCCACCAUAGACUUUGAUAAAACUGCAGCCCUGUCAAAUUCUUCUAAUCCUUACUUGUGUAAUGACGACAGUGUCAGAAAGACUCGCCACAAUGGUACCAUACCCCUCUCUUGAAAAUUAAAUCAAAAAGGUGCUUAAUAUGGUGCUGAGGUUUGAAUUGCUGGUCAGUUCUUGUUAUUGUGAUAAUUUAACUCAAAAAAAAUAACUAAUUAAAUUUCUUAAGAAUUUAUCAUUAUGUUAGAAGAUUGUGAAUCAUAUUGAAUUAUAAAUAUCGCAGUCUACAUUUUUUCUAUGCUAAUUCAUAGGUAGAAAUACAUCAAAUUGUAUUUUUGAUCUUUUAGAGAGCAUUCAAUGCUUAGCCAAAUAGAAUUAAAACAGCAACAUCUAUUUGUAUGUAAAAAUUAUUCAUAGAAAGAACAUUACCAAAACAAUUUAGUCAUGCAUUAACCAAAGAAAAGUGCAGCUAAGUCAGAACCCCAUUAUUAUAUUAUUUAAAAAUG